CUCUACUCCGCCCUUCUUGUGUCUUGUCCAUUCCUCUUCCUGACCAGCAUCAUGGCAGACAGCGACAAGGACAAGGAGGCGCUCCUCGCGACCACCGCCACCGAACACGACGACGACGGGCUCGACGCGCACCCACCACCUCCCACCGAGCCCGAGCCCUCACCUGAGCAGGAGCCGACGCCGGUGCCCUCCCCUCCUCACGCAGCAGGAGCGGCAGCGCGCGAGGCCCCGCCGUCGCCAUCGCCCUCGCGCUCCGCGCUCCCGCUCCCACUGGCGCCGGCGCCAGCGGCCGAGUCGGACGACGGCGACGAGCCGACCGAGACGCUGCUCGACUCGCCGAGGGAGCGCCCCAUCUCCACCACGUCCUCGGGCAUCUCGUACGAGGAGGUCGGGUUCGACGACGCCGCCAGCACGUGGACCGAGGCGGCGCCCGGCAUCCCGGGCUCGCCGGCGCGCUCGGUCGGCUCGAUCUACUCGUCCAACUCGCACCAGACCAUCUAUGCGACCCUCGCCGCAGGCGGCGGCGCGACGCCGACUGGCGGGCUCAGCCGCGUCGUGACUGGCACUGGCGUGCGCGAGCACGAGAUCCCGCUCGUGCUCGGCGUCGCGGUCGUCGACUUUAACCAUCUUAUUGGCCCGACAGUCGAGUACGCGUACCCCCCGUCGCUGCAAGAGGCGUUGAACGCCGACGAGCAGCUCUCGCGGCUGCUGCCAUUCCUCGCCCUGCCUGAUGGCGCGCACUUGAGUGAAGAGGACUACUCGUUCUUCCACUGCAGGUACAACCCACCAUCAGACAAGACAGUGGCGACGGAAGUGCCCGCCAACAGAACGCUGUUUGGAAUCUCGUGCAACCGACAGAUCUCCGCCGCCGAUCUGGUUCGCAAGUCGUCGGACGUCACGCGGAGUAUGGUCCAGAAAGCCGUCGUGGUGAUCGCCUCUCAGCCCGUCUUUGGACCUGUGCGCGACCGGCUAGGCGUCGUCACCAGAGCAUUCUUUGCCCAGCGCGACUUUGGCAGCACCCAGAUCCUGGACGACUUCUACCUCAGCCUCGAGGCGAGCUUGGACGGCAAGUUCAGCGAGCAUGCCAUCUACAUGGGCACAUCGCUCCGUGAGCUCGUGCACAAGUUCCGGCACAGGACGUUGGUGCUGCUCAAGAUGCUGUUGCUGCAGAAGCGUAUCAUGUUGUUUGGGUACCCUGUGGAGAUGCUCUGCACUUAUCAGUACUCGCUUGUCUCCCUCGUCCCAGGCCUUCUCAUGUCACUACGAGACUCGGGCGACCCGGCUCUCGACUACCGUAAACAACGUGAUCGCCCCACUUCGUUGCGCACGAGCGACCGGGCAAGUCUGCUCCGGUACAUGGGACUGCCACUGCACCUCUUCGGACACGACUCCUUCUUCCAGCCAUACCUCCCCCUGCAGCAAAUGGACAUGCUACAGUCGAGCUCGUGGCUCGUGGGCACGACCAACCAGAUCGUCACGCAGCAGCGGGACUGCCGCUACGACUUGCUUGUCAACAUUGAGCACACGACGUUCGAGUUCGCCGACCCCAAGAUUGAGCGACUGGUCGCUCUGACAGCCGCCGACCGCAAGUGGAUGGACGACAUUGUUCACACGGUGGAGGACACUUGGAAUGUGGCUGAGGGAGAGCGGUCAGACUUCCGCGGCAGCGACGAUGACUUGCGGAACCGGUUCGAGGACUACAUCUGCGCCUUCUUGGCAUCGAUCAAGUACUCUGAAUUUAUGGCCCAGUCCAUGCCCAAAUCUCUGGACGGCACGGCCGCCGUUGGAGUCACGGACGAGCCCAACCCGCUCACAAGCUUCUCCGAGGCGUACGCAGCGGCGUUCAGAAAGACACCAGCCUGUGACUUGUGGGAGUCGACAACCGACCCCGUCAUCUUUGACCUGUGCGAGCCAAGACACCCUUGUGACGGCAAGGUCAGCACUGUGUCAGACAUUGGCAUCCGCCUCACUGAGGGUCUGCACGGUCUGCGUAUCGAGGAGUCACUCGCGCCUACGCGUGAGGCCUUGUCGAGCGCGUUUGCGACGGGCUCGGCAACGCUCUUCAAAGCUUUCGACGGCGUGCGAAGCGAGGUGUCGGCGCGUCUCGAGGCGGAGCGCGUCCGCCGUGCUGCCCGGGACAACACGCCGCCAUCCGACGGCACGAUCACACCGACGGGCCAGACGCCUCCGGCCACUGUGCAGCCCGCCAACGCCAGCGCGCCGGCGACGGACAAUGUGCGCCAGACGAUUGGCAGCAUUGGCUCGAGUGUCGGGUCAUUCUUCGGCUCGAGGAUGUCGGGCUGGAACCGCUCGACGCCGCCGACGCCGGCUCGUCGCAACUCGGGUAUGAGACCUCUGUCGCUGAGCCCUGGUGCGCCACGGACGCAGGCGGCGGCGACUGCGACGGCUGCUCUUCUUGCCAACAAGAAGUAGGGUGAGGGAUGGGGCAUUGGUGUAUAGAUGGUGAACGAUACGACUAGUUCAUGGCUGCAUAAUGCAUAUGGUGUAAGGGUGUGUCAGUGGGGGGUGG